CAAAUUUGAGACUGGGCAGACUGCCAACUCGCGCCAAAGCGCGCAACUCAUUUGCAAACCAAUCAGCUGUUUGAUUUUGGUACGCCGUGAAGCUAUAAACAUGCCCGAGCCACGCAGUCCGAUGGCCAGUUUUGCACAAUCCGUGCAAAAUGCAAUCGAUGGCCCAAUUACCUGGUUCCGUGAGACGAUUGUGGAGCCGAAUCAACAGAAAUCGAACUGGUACCAUCAGCGCUUCCGUCGCGUGCCAACCAUCGACGAGUGCUACACGGACGACGCCGUCUGCCGCUUCGAGGCGGAUCAGCAAUUUCGGCGCGAUCGGAUGGUGGACAACGAGAUUGUCAACAUUUUGCGGCAACGCUUCGAGGAUUGCACUUUGUACGAGGCACCCGAUCACAUCAUCAAGUGCAAGCCACUUCUGGAGCAGUACGAGAAGGCCACCGAGAAUUGGUUCAUCAAGUAUGGUGAUUUGGGCGGCUAUGCGAAUGCGAAGACAGCGUUUAUGAAGCAGAAACAUCGCCUGAUCUGGGAGCGUCGUCAUGGACCCGUUGGCAGCGGCAUGAAGGAGGAGCAGUUGGGUCAUUAAAGCUGUUGUGAUUGUUGAUGUUGUUGUUGUCAAUGCCAAUGUUCAAACACAAACACAAUGUUGAAUGUCUCCGCGACGAGGAUUUACAUAAUAUACACAAACUGUAGAAAAAUUAA